AUGAACCUGAAUAAGGUCCAAGUCAGAACAAAAAAGGAAAUGAAAAGGCUCAGAAAAAGGUUCAAGAACGCCUGCUGAACCCGUUGACUUUUGACUGAGCAGUCAAUUGGCAGUGUGUUUGAGGAUUAUGAAGCUCUUUUGCAGACAUUCGUUCGAAUUUUCAAAGAGGAUGGGGAUGCUACAGCUACUGGGUUGCUCACACAAGUAAGAAAUAUCAAAUUUCUUGGAGCUGUAUAUAUUUUACACAAAACUCUUCCAGAGCCAUCUAACUUAAGUAACGCUUUUCAGACAGGAGCUGUUUCUUUUGCUGCAGUUUCUCCUACAGUUGACUAUACUCUAGAUGAACUGGAAAAUGUGGCAAACAAUUUCAGCUUUAUUUCAGAUCUGAAAAACGACCUCAAGGAAGAUGGCAGGCUGAGCAGAUGUGAUUUGGGUGUCUUUAGAAGAGUUACUCUGCGAGUGGAGAAAGUUUAAGUAUAAUUUUCUUAAUCUGUAGAAAGAAGUUCCUCCAGAGCUUUCCAGGCCACAUCUUUGUCCUAGUCUUCUACAGUUGGCAGAGGUAUGUCUUACCCUUCCUGUCAGCAAUGCAUGGCCUGAGAGAGCUGCUUCAGCAAUAAAAAGAUUAAAAACUCGACAACGAUCAAAUUUGAAGAAUGACAUGCUUAGGUCUUUGCUUCAUAUAACAGUCAACGGGCCUGAUAGUAGUGACUGUCAUCAUGUGAUAGAAGAAGCAAUGAAAGAGUGGCUGUCCAAACCAAGAAGAAAGAUUUCUAAGUAUACAGACAAACAGAAAGAAGUUGCCAAACAUGUAACAGUAGAUAAUGCUUCUGUUCAAGUUGAGUCACAAUCUGAUUUGGAAAGAAUUCAUUCAGCAUAUAUGAACACGCUGAAGAGGAUCUUCAAGAAGAUGUGA